AUGGGUAAUGGAAUAAAUAAGGUCCUGCCUGAUCUGUAUCUCGGCAAUAUCAAAGAUGCACGAGACAGGGAGCUGUUGGCGCAGCACAACAUCACCCACAUCUUGUCCAUCCAUGACACAGCUGCACCCAUCCUGGAGGACAUGACGUACCUGUGUAUAUCUGCUGCUGAUCACUCUAAGCAAAACCUGACUCAAUACUUCAGGGACAGCAUCAUGUUUAUCCACGAGUCCCGACUGAAAGGAGAGGGCUGCCUUGUCCACUGUGUGGCAGGCGUGUCCCGCAGUGUGACACUGGUGGUGGCUUACAUCAUGACGGUGACGGGUCGCGGCUGGGUGGAGACUCUGGCGGCGGUGAGGGCCGCUCGGCCGUGUGCGGGGCCCAACCUGGGCUUCCUCCGGCAGCUGGAGGAGUUUGAAAACACAGAACUGACAGAAUAUCAGGCCUGGUGGAAGGACCGAUACGGGAAGAACUCAUUCAACGAUGAUGAGGAGAUGGAAAACCUUUUAACGCGGAAAUCUAACAACAGCAGCAGCAAUACCAUAACAACCAGCAUCUCUCCUGCGCUGGGCGCCGGUGGCACCUGAAGACAUGUCUUCUGAAAGUCUCGUCUCUAUUGAACUCAAGCAGCUGAGGGACUGGUGGGCUUCUGCUCGGACCAUUAAACCCACUAAGACCAGACCAGCUUUUUCCGAUUUCGUCGAUCCUGCAGAGAAAAGUAAAACGCUCUGUAUCAAUAUGAUACAAUAUUAAUUUCGAGUUUGCAGAAUGGCUAAGGAGUCAUGUGAGUGGGGGGGAUUUUUAUGUCAUCAUCUCAGUCCCCCUCAUUAUGUCAUGUCCUUGCCCUAACUGUCAAAACAACAUGCAAGGGCAGUCAAGCAUGACACCAAAGGAAAUAUGUACAUACAGUCCACAGUGUGAACACACAUUUAGCAGCGUUCACUCCCUGUUAGUUACGUUAUGCUGUGUCUUCUACUUGAAUUAUGAGUAGUCUAUUACGUUCUAUAGUCACAGUGUGUAAACUGAGGAAUACUGUAUCUUUCAGGGAAACAGUAUCAGAAGCAAUAUUUAUUUGCUUAUCACAUUUUUAUUCCUUAAUUAAUGUUGUUUUUGAUUGUACUGUAUAAAAGUUUGCAUGCUCUGAAUAAUAUUCUCAAUUAUGCCAUAAAAAGAAGGAUUAACAGUAAAAGCCUAAUUUUAUUGUCAAGUGUUUGUGGAGUUAAUGAUUCACAACUGUAUUUCUGUCGCAGA